GCCCCACCCCUCGCAAACAUCAUCACUACCAGCGUACCUAAAAUCAGGAAGCACUGACACGCCGCUGAUUUCUUUUCCUCGUUUUGUUUUCACCCACAUUUGUUUUCAUGACAUCAACAUCGAGACAAAACAGUGAAAGGUGGACAUAUUCCACGCCGACGACCACCGACUGACAGCGAGAUUCAGCUGUGGAUGCAAUUGAUGGUCUAACCGUGGACGCCUCUGUCAACAGCAUGGGCCAGCGUCUAGGAAAGAGGGAGUCACCGACAGACAACAAGGCCUUAUCAUCACCACCUGACGCCAAAGAGGGGACAAGUCCAGUGGGUCCAACAGCAACAGAACCUGAAACACAAGAUGAAGUCUUUGGAACGGGUGAGACAGAUACCAAACAGAACAAUGGCUGCAUCUCGGAGAAGCCAGCGGUGACUGACUCCACGGGCGCUGAGAGCCCCCACUCUCUCUGGACCCCCGCCAGCACAGCUGACCCUGACGCUGCCACACCGCGCCCCCACCUGGUCCGCCUCUUCUCCCGAGAUGCCCCGGGCCGGGAAGACAACACCUUCAAAGACCGACCCUCCGAAUCGGAUGAGCUGCAGACUAUCCAGGAGCACAACGGAGCAGCUUCAGAGUGCGGGUCGGAGAGCCCCGAACAGGACCUAGACUAG